AUGGUCCAACCAGCCAGUGCUAUCGUCCUAAAUAGACUCGGUGCUGAACGGAAGGCCGUGCUAGACACCGAGUGCCAGAUGCCAACAUCUGUCAAUCCGGCCAGCUGCAAGGGCUACAAGAUGCCCAAGUUGCCUGCGAACGUCAAGUGUGCAUUCAGUGACAAGUGCACUGGUGUCGAGUGUUGCUCAGCGAUGGACUUGAAAAUCACAUCGAGGAACUUCAAGGUCUGGUUUGACAUUGACCCGUGCGACUACACGCUCUCUGUUGGCUUCGAGCGGAUGUUUCGAAACAUCUCCUUGAUUGGAUUCAAGUUUGGCAAAGAAAAGGACAUAAAGGUUGGCAAGAACCUCAAGUUGUACUACAUGCUGGACCGCACCGUCUCCAAUGGACAGUACAUUAUCUCCAUGAGAUACAAAACCUGCCUGGACGACGCCUGCGAGGACACCAUCAUUUUAAGCGGUCUGAAACUCGGCGUGCCUUUCUGCGAUGCGGACGGCAGUCUGUCCUGGCCGCUGAGCUCCUAUGGAAGGCUGCUGCCAAAUAUUAUCGGGUCAGAGUUGACGUUGUUAAGAAAUCCGUCUUGCACGUAUGAAGCUCUCAAACCUGGUACAAACUGUGCUGAUUACGCACUGCCAACAUUUGGUAAACAAUACUGUGUGAUGGACAAGACUUGUCGCAACAUCGCUUGCUGCUUCCCGAGCGACCUGGUUGUUGAGACCAAGAACCUCUACUUCAAUUUCAAGAUUGACCAUUGCAAGGAACAGAUUGAGUACGCAUUCGAGAAGAAGAAAUUUGCCAGGUCUUUGAUUGGUUUUGAGUAUGGUGUGACUCAUGUUGAAUUGAUCGGAACGGCCAUCACACUAUCCUACAUCAUCCGUGACAAUGGCGGCCGGUAUCAAGUGCGUGCAGAGGUGAAAACCUGUUUUGUCAACAACUGGGACGCGACAGAGAGUUGUCGGACAGACACACUCCUAGCGAUGACCUACUACAAAAAACCUGUCUGCUCAAAGCGAAAACGUCGCUCACUGUUUGGUAACAGUCGAACGCGCCGGUCUGCCCUUAUUCAAAGACGUCUAAAUAAUGAUAGUCCAACUAGUAGGAAGGCGCAGGAACAAAUGAUCGCUGGAGCUGUGAAGACCGGAAAGAGUAACGAGGAGAUUGCGAGGAUGUUCGCUAAGCAAAAGGACACCACGGUUAUCUAUAAGACAGGGCCUAAUGCUGGCAAAAAGGUCUCGAAAAAUCCGAAAUAUCCUCCUCAGUUGACAGUCUUCCAACGAGCAAAAAAGGCACUGGCUGGCAAGGGACCGGCGUCACAUCAGAAACCGAAAGUGUUGACGUCGAAGUCCGUACCUGCUUCUCUUCCAGGAGCGGCAAAAGUCAUCGAGAUGCUUGGAGAUGGAAGUGACAAGGACAUGGCCAGCCCGGCGACAAAGACGUUCCUCUUCGGCAAAGGUUUGACUGCGAACGGCAUACACCUCCUUGGUCUCCAGCUGGCCAACAUGUCCAUCUCGGACCUUGAAGUGUUCGUAAUCAUGGCUCGCUUGGAUCCAAUUCAGAUGUAUGAACUUGCCAUGACCAUGAAGGACCUUUUUGUUACCCUGUACAAUGAGAUGAUAGACGUAUUUACCAACCCAGACAAGUUGAAAGAGUUUGCGAAUGAGGAGUUGAUACUGAAAGGAAGUUUCCCUAUGCCGAAGACUACUGUUACCUUCUUCAAGCGGACCAUGUAUUUCUUAGUGGGCAUGCUCAUACCAAUGACGUUCUCAUUUGGUGCGGAUGGCUACUAUGGAGCAGAUUGUACUCUAGGAGUGAAAGUUCUCCAAAUGAGUGCAUUUGCUGAAGUGACGCCAUACACUGGUAUCUUGGUCUGGGGUGAACUGGGUAUCGGCGCGUUGCUCUACGGUAAACUCCGCCUCGAGGGAUACAUCUGCGAGCUCCGAUUCCCAACAUAUGCCGAGAUUUGGUUUAUGACCUUCCCAUUUGAUGUGAUGUUGAAGAUGGAUCUUGAGAUCAUUCCAUUGAAAUUGAAGCUUAUCGCCUUGGUAACGUUGGAAGUCGAUCUCGCAUUUGUAACGAUCAAAAAGGUGCUUUUCAGUAUGAAUUUAUGGGAGUACACUGCACCGAGUAUUCGUACGAAUAUAUUCACCGUCAACACAAAAGAUGAGGAUAAAUCACCGCCAGAAUUUGCUGGAAAGGAUAGCACGUCUGGAAAAAGAGGUGCUGCCACGAGGGCGUGUGAAGUUACCCAGCUUGCGGGUCGCGACUUCACGGAUCCGGGAUUUGAGAUCUCUGUGCGAGCCAAUGACGACAGGAGUCAGGUGAAAAUGAUCCUUGACAUCGGUAGUGCGCCCGGUGGCAGCGAUUUAGUUACUGGACUUGAACUCGGAGGAGAAAACAAUGAUUUUAUUCAGGAUAUCCCUCUCCACGGUUUGCCGGUCUUCUUCAAAAUCACUGGAUCUAACUCGGCCGGCAGUAGUGUCUACGUCACAUGUGACUUACCAACAUAUGACGUCACACUGCCGAUUGGUCGAAUGAACACAGACUUCAUUUCGACGAGUAACCCGCGUGUGCUGCGAGGGAGCCUCGUCGCCAUGGAGGAUUCCCCGCUCGUGGAUCAGAAUGUCGGCAUUGGCUACGGGAAAGAGAUUUAUGGCGAUGCUGUCGUGGAAUGGUACCACUUUGACUUGAAGCCAAAUGUGAAAGAGCUGGGUACCUCUGGAGAUACUUUAGCCCAUUUCACCGGCUACAAGAUUGGUCGCGUCAACUCCAAGAUCAUCACCUUCAGCGGGUCAGUGGGCACUCCGCAGGAGUGUGCGUCGAAGUGUUUGGCGUUUCCUGCCAUAAAGUGUAUGAGCUUCAAUUUUGAUUUCAGCGCAGACGGCACGUGUGAGUGCCUCGAGGCAAUCGAAGGACCAGAAAAUAUACUCUCAGAGGAUGGAAUGUUCUACCAUUAUGAACGUCUGGGCAUUGGCCACGCCGUCCAGUUUGAAUAUCAAGACAUGUGGCUUCAGCAUAACAACUUGUAUUACAUCAAUGUACAACUCAUCAACUACAUUGAGUACGAAAGCAUCGUGUCCACAGAAGGCAUCCUAUUUGACGGCACCCCGCCAUAUCCCGGCCCAGCCCCAAAUGCGACCGAGUUUAACGAAUGGGUGGAUUGUCACACGUAUAUUCCAUUUAAUCGUGAGGAUUGGCGUCAUCUGUGUCAUGAUGUCUCGAAGGAGAUCCACAACCACAGGAUUACCCAUGAUGGAGACGACGCUGCAACAGUGUUCAAUGGGAUUGAACCUCUUGAGGACCUCAAGUACACACGAGCAAACCGAUUUAUCUCGGUCAACUGGGACGGUAUCCAUGAUUACGAGACGGGUAUACACGGUUAUACCUGGACGGUUGGCCUUGCUGUUUGCGAGGAUCUGAUCCAUCCGCACCAUGACCCACAGGCUCACUUGUAUGACGAGUCCGAGUGGACGCACUCGGGCACAAUCUACCCAAUCCCACCACCUUACGAGAUUUUACCUGACGCCAAAUACUACACAACCAUCCGAGCUCUGAACAAAGUCGCCUACGGUGGACCGAUGUCUCUCUCGGUGUGCCACACGACGCCUCUCGGUAUCGACAAUACACCACCUAUCUUCUAUGAGAUGUAUAACUUUGCAUAUAAUGAGACAUCAUUUGUUGCGUCCCUCGAUUACAACGCAACUGACCCUGAGUCUGACGUGAUGUUUGUUGAUGCCUGCAUGGGCCAGACGUCCCGAGAUUGUUACCUAGUUCCGUGGGUGGCACUAAAUGGCAACACAGGCAGCUUGUGGUUUCAAGCGGAAAUUCCCAGUGGCAUGUUGGCUUCGCCCAAGAUUAAAAUUGGUAACCAUGUCCUGUUGACUACCAUUGGGGUUGGCGCCCCAAUCAUCAUUGACUUGACUCCACCGGAGCCGGGUGAGAUGUUUGAUGGCCCACACUUUGGUUACGAUUUGAACUUCACCAAGGAUGCUACUCAGAUCUGCGCCAGCUGGAAAGACUUCGCUGAUCCGGAGUCUGGUAUCAGCAAGUACGAGCUUGGCCUCGGUACGAAACCCGAUGCUGAAGAUGUCAUCGAGAGAAUUGAAUAUCAUGGACGGACUACCCAGGCCUGUAUCGACACCGUCAAGACGGCAAAUCUCACGUUGCAACACAAUACGCGAUACUAUUUCACAAUCUGGGCUUGGAAUAACGCUCAGAAGAUGUUGUUUGUCAAUGUUUCUACAGAUGGGGUGGUUGUUGACUUGACAGUGCCAGUGGCAGGCGAGAUAGUUGACGGUGGCAAGAAUGCGUAUGAAGAUCUCGUCUUCAGCUCGAAACCAGCAACAGUUGAGGCCCAAUGGAGGAAUUACUACGAUCCUGAGUCACACGUCAUAGACUAUGAAGUAGAGGUAGAAAUUGCUGGGGAUAUGGGUUCGAAUUUCCAAGUGGAACAUUCGUAUGAGAGUGUCUUCCCUGACGAGGCGAUAACCUGGCACCACUUCCAUCUUCAUCAUCGUGACAUCAUCAAGUCGAAACUGCGAACCACCAACGGCGCUCUAAACUUCAUCGAGUCCGAAACUAACUCGUUUGUCGUAGAUUUAACACCACCUAAUUUGAUCUAUUUGAAUGAUGGCCCGACUGCGGAGGUCGAUAUUGAUUAUUCAAGCAAUGACAAUAUGGCCGCCAAUUGGGAUUUCCAUGAUGAGGAAUCUGGUGUAAAAGAGUACGACCUCGCCCUCUAUGAGAUGUACCAAGGAACUAAGAGACCGAAGAAGCCAGAAACUGUCGGACAAUACAUCAAGAAGGCUAAAACGAUGAAGACAAUUCAAGAGAACAGUCUUGGUCUCAUCAAUGGUGCAGCAUACUUUACGGAGAAUAUGGCAACGAAUCAGGCGGAGCUAUCUACUGUUUACAAGACAAACAGUUUCAAAGUGGAUAAAACUGGCCCCAUGAUGCAAUUUGUGCAUGUUGGCGUUUUCUCCGGCUUCACUGAGGAGGUUGUUGAUGAGCAUUGCUGGCAGGCGAGGACAGAUUCCAUCAUUGGAAGCUGGAAGGCUAUUGAUGGGCAGUCAGGAAUUGAAAAGUACAUGGUGGCUGUAGGCACAUCUCCAGGUAGUACCGAUGUGUCCGACUUUGUCAACAUGAAAAACCUGGACCAGGGGAUUAUCGGUGAUCUUGUGCUGCCCCUGACUGACCGGUCACAAAACCCAAAAGUCCCUCUCUACUACCUGACCGUCAAGGCGAUGAAUGGGGCAGGCCUGUGGUCGAGCCCCUUGUCGAGCGAGCAUGGUCUUAUAGUCGUGGAUGAGGACAAAGUUGGUCUCGCAAUUGACGGACCAGAAGGUACAGAAAACCCCUACAGUUCUAUGGGCAUCGACAUGUCCUACACGAAGGAGACAAGCACUGUCACGAUACAGUUUGAGGGCUUUGAAAGCCAGCUCCAUGGCCUGAAGAGGUUUGAGUGGGCCAUCGGUAGGACACCCCACCAUGAGGACGUGCAGCCGUUCAUUGAGGCCGGCAUCGUCCUGAGGAAUGACCCCACCACCCAAGCGAAUAUCGACGGAGACGGUCUUGUUGGCGCUGGCAAGGCCACCGUCAGUGUCGACCUGGAGGUUGACGUGUGGUACUACGCCUCCGUUCGUGGCAUCACCUACGGCGAUAACAUCCUGGAAUGCGUGACAGAUGGUUUCGUCAUUGACAGGACUGCUCCAAGCAUCACCCUAGAAAGCGUUGGCAUGCAAGACGGUACAGCUGAACUUGGUGAAGACGGUGUCGUUUACGAGAUGUCUGUCGACUCUUACACCGCGGAGUGGCACUACACGGAACAAACCAGUUACAUCACCGCGGCCUCAUACUCUGUCGGCACCCACCCUGAAGGUGACGACAUCAGCGGCGUACAGAACAUCGCACAGAUUAAGCCGGCGUACUUUGAUAACAUCCCAAAUGCUCUGUUUAAACCCGUUGCUGAUGGACGCCCAAAUGUUCUGACUGUCCAUGCUGUUAACUUUGUCGGACUUGCAUCCAAAGUCAUUUCUGCUACUAUCACGAUUGACACGACACCGCCUACUGAAGGCACGGUCGUCUGCCCCAGACAGAUCAGUGCUGUAACUGAGGUGCAAUGCACAUGGUAUGGUUUCUUUGAGGCCCAGAGUGAGAUUGUCAAGUACAGGUUUGCCAUUGGCAGCCAGGAAGGAUUCGAGGACAUUUAUUCAUACGCUGAUGUGGACCCAAGCAUGGAUCGACACAUGGCCACAAAUUUCCUGGCGCCGUUUGAGCACAAAAAGAAAUACUACGUCACAGUAGAAGCCGAGAACAGCGUAGGUUUGAAGGUCUGGGCCUACUCCAAGUCCAUCGCUAUCGACAACACACCACCCAAGUAUGGCGUUAUCGUCGAGACGGCUGGAAUCUCUCAGCUUGAUUGGAAACGCGGCAUGUAUGGAGAUGAGCAGUCGUUCACUUGUGAAACAGAGGCAGAUUGCAUGGAGAUCGAUGCCAUCUGCCAGGAGUCCUUGGCGCAAGUCGCCGCUGCGUGGACACCGUUCACCGAUGACGAGACCGGUCUUUCGCGUUACCAGCUUGCUGUCGGCACAAGCCCUGGGGGCGCCAACAUCAAGCAGUUCUUCGACAUCCCUGUCUCGUCCACUCAUUACGUGAUUACUGAUCUCGACUUGAAUGGAGUCAGACAGAUCUUUGUGACCAUCAAGGGCUACAAUGGUGCUGGCUUGUUUAGUAUCACCAUCUCUAACGGUAUCUACCUGACCUACCUUGGCCAAGGCCUGCAGCCACUUAAACCUGUUGAGGUUUGGGACAACAACGAUCCAUUCGGUGACAAGGAUUUCCAGUCGGACUCUGAGCAACUGAGUGCCCGAUGGGAUUUCACUGGAGACCCGUGCCCCAUCAUCAAGUACUACUGGGCAAUCUACCGGAUUGACAAUAUUGAGCUUCAGCCAUGGACUGACACCCAAGUGAACACGUUUGCUCUGAAUGAUGAGAUGAACAUGGGGUCCGGUCAGACUUUCUUUGUCCGGGUCAAAGGCAUCAACGCCAUCGGCAUGGAGUUCAAUCUCAGGUCAGACGGCAUCACGAUCCAAAAAGAUCCGCUCAUCCCGGGACGUGUCAACGAUGGAAACGUUUUCGGAUAUGAUCUUCUGUACUUGCCGGAGACCACGAGUGUCAAGGCCAACUGGGAUGGCUUUGGUGUGCAGACCGUAGAGACUGCGAGAGCCGAGACAUUAUCUGGCAAUGCCGGCAUAAUCGAAGAACAAAAGGAAGAAGGCAAUCGUAACCAGGAAGUAGAAUACUACGAGAUUGCCAUCGGAAGCGAUCGUCGUUAUCCGAAAACUCGCGACAACAUCCUCCCGUUCACCAACGUCGGAAAGAAUAAGACAGUCACCAUCUUCGACUUGGAUUUGAUCCCUCGUACUGCACUGUAUUACAUCACGAUUCGUGCCCACAGUGCCUCAUUGGCUGAAGUCGAGGUUACUUCCAAUGGUUUUUAUUGCGGUUUCGAUAACGGCGUCGAAGCGGGCAAGAUUGAUCUUCAGGAUUUUUGGCAGCAUGACGAUUACGUGAAGCUGCAGUGGAGCGGUUUCAAGUCGGAAGUUGAACUUCUUUUCUAUAACAUUGGCAUUUCAAACUCGACGGAUCCAAGUAGCUAUUCCUGCAAGCACUUGACUUCGAAAGUCAUCACAUCUGCUGAGCUAGCCAGCCUGUUCCCCAUUCUGUACCUCAGUAACGUAGGCAAGAACCAACUUGCAGAGGUGUUCAAUAUGACCAUGGAGCACACGCAGACAUACUACGCGUAUGUGAUUGCCACGGAUGGGACUGGCGAGUGUAACAUGACGAGCAAGCACUUCACCGUUGAUGUGACUGACCCAGUUGAGGGCGCCAUGAAGACCGGCCCCUACUGGGACAUGGUAGUCACCUACGCCCCGUCGUCGCUCGAGUUAGAGUUCAGUUGGGAGGGUUACAGCGACGCAGACUCCGAUCUCAGAGAGUUUCAGGUGGCGCUACUGUAUGUACCGACAUGCGAGAUGGCCGACGAGGCCAACAUCACCACCCUUGUUGAUUGGAUCACCAUCCCGGGGAAUUAUACGACUUACAAGUUUGUUGAGUUGGAUCUACAGCCUGCUACACCAUACUACAUCCAUCUGCGUACGAUCAACAAUGCCGACAGAAUGAUUCUGACAGUUUCCAACCCGAUUCUGUUGGAUAACUCCGUCCCAACAGUGGGUGAGGUCAUCAUUGGGACGAACUUCUUAGACUCGAUGGUUUGGAACAAGGCUGAGGAUGAAGUGUUUGUCAACUUCCUCCACCUCCAGGUGCCGUUUGGCCCAUCAUGCCCAGACCAAGCAGCACCUCUCUUCGCUGAAGACUGGUACGUGAUCGAGACAUCUGGCCUUCUCAACCCCGGCAAUGAACCUUGGAAGAUCGAGUACAGGGAAUCGGAAAUCAUCAGAGACACCGAGGAUAAUGAUACGAUCAUUAUAGCGAUGGUACAGGACACAAAGAAACCGUUGAUGUACUCUGGGGCCUACAGCCGCAACGCAGACAUGGUCAAUGGUGGCCAUUACCAGAUUGAUAUCAAGGCUGCAGAGGGGGACCAGGUUGCAACGAGUAUCGUAUUCUGGGACGGUCCCGAUGGUGUUCUCGGUGAUGUGAACUACAAGGCGGAGAAAGACUGGACUGAAGGCAACUGCCUGUGCUGUGCUGAGGACCCUGUACCUGUGACAUGCACAUGCGAUUGUGUCGCUUACCUUGAGGACAAGCAGUUCAUGGUUGAGGCCCAGCUCGCGGCGCAGCGCACCAACGAAACGACUGUCGAGCCCAGCACUGCGAUCACGGAAGCGCCGAGCACCACGCCAGCGGUGACGUCUGCCCCGGUGCCUUGGUUUGUCGUCCAGGAUAAGAAGCCCGGUCAGGUUGUCUACGAUGCCUGGGAAGAGCAGCCUGCCUACACGUCUUGCGGCAUGAGUCUCCAUUCGAAAGGUGGGAAGCAUUAUGCGGUCGGAUGGUGCCGGUCAGGCAACGACUCACGUGACCUCCAGUCCACCAGGAAUGAGCUCCUGUUCGACCCGCGGGAGUGGCACACAUACAAAGUGGAGUUCAACAUAGACAAUAAUGAUCCAAGCAUGCCUCAUUGGUGCUUCAACGUAUUCACGGACGAAUUCAACAUCGUAGAGGUCUGCGGUAUCGAUGCGAUGUCUACCGAUACAAAGAUGAUUCUGCACGUCUGGAACGCCAACAACCACAUUCCCGCCAUGGCCGACGCGUUCUCCGCAUUCAAAACCGAAGCGAGGUUCAAGGCUGUGCGUUUCCCUCCUUCGAGCGAGUUAGAGUGCCGCUAUGGAACGCCCUUCAGGGGCGGCACUAAUGCUAUCAUACGAUAUGAGGCUGCUGUUGGAACAUCACCAGGACUCACAGAUAUCAUGCCGUAUUCUGAGGCUGUUGUGCCAUGUGUCCCGUGCAACAACCCAUGUGAUCGAUUCUUCUGUAAUGAGACAUGCGUCAGCACCAUCACUGAGAGCAUCAUGUUCUCCAUCUCGAAUAUCUCCAUGCCGAUGGUCAGAAACGAAAUGAACUCGACCGGUCAUGUCCUUUCGUAUAACAAGUCUCUGCCUUACUUCGUUUCUUUGAAAGCAGUUCUUGGCUCUGGUCAGAGCGUCAUUGGGACAUCAAUGAGCUUCUACAUUGACUUGACGCCGCCUACUGUUGAAAUCAACGUGAUGUACAUCGACAUGUCCCUGGACCCGCUAAUCCCAGUCCAGUACCAGGCUUCCAAUGAUACAAUCAAAGCAUUGUGGAAGUGCGACGAUGGGGAGAGUUUGAUCAAGGAAUACCAAUGGGCAAUCGGUACAGCACCAAAUAUGACAGAUGUCCAAAACUUCACAUCAACUGGCGUUAAUCCCUCCGGCAUUAAUGAUCAGUUGGCUGGUUUCAUCGAACACAAUACGACAUAUUACGUCACGGUCAAGUGUAAGAACAACGCACGCCUGGAGACUAUGGUUGUGGACCAUAUUGGUAUAACCGCCAUUUUGGAGCUGCCGGUUGUCGAUGACGUAAACAACACCAUCCCCGGAGCCGAGGCCUUUGAUCAUGCCGUCUAUCCAGAGACUGCGAAACAGGCCAAGGACCCGACCAAGGCCGGCGUCUCAUGGACGAAGGCCGCAGAUCCUACCAUCAACAGAUAUGAAUACUGUCUUGGAUCCUCCAACGAGACUCUAGACGAUGUCUUCCCAUGCACCUGGGUCGGCUACAACGCCUCUGGGGUGGUGGAGAUAAAAAGUGGCUCCCUCUAUCUGGAUGGUGCGGCGAUUGCCGACUUGUCGUCAUAUGUCGUUCCCAACGCUGAUACAAAUCUGACUGAGGUUGCAGCAGCCGGAAAUAGCGGUUUCGCAAUGGAGCCAGGGCGCACGCUGUUCACGACAAUGCGCAUAUGUAAUGAGGCGGAGGUCUGCAUUUAUAAGUUUGUCAGUACAGUGACCGUGACAGAUGAUGGCGCGCAGUUGGAGUCGUCGACCAAUGGAGAAGCCAUCACUGCCUCGCUGUCUGAUGAAAAAAAGAGGAAGAAACGUUCCUCGUCGAGGGAUGUUUCCAUCGUAACACCAUCAGGAAUGUCAUCGGGCCAGUCGAUCAUCCUCGGUGCCCUCAGCUCCGCAGAUCUCACUUGUAGUUUCGAAUCUGGCGGCUCAGUCGACUUUUCACCAUUCGUCGUGGACCCCCAGACCACGACGGAUAUGACAACAAGGCUGCUGCAGAAUCGAAUCACAUCGAUGCCAUCAGACAGUUUCUACUUGGCACCCCUGGCCCACACGGCGCUCCCAGAUGCCAUGGAGGUCACUGUGUCAUACGAGGCCAGCGAGAUCAGUGAUCAGGUGAUGCCCAUGUUGAUUCAUUGGGAUCCAGAUUCCAAUGCCUGGAUGGUGUCAAAUGAGACAUGCAGUGACAGUGUAGAUGAUAGACAUAUAUUAGAUGAAGCAAACAUGCAGUUUACUACCAAACUAUGCCGCACAAGGACCAGUAACUCGACGGUAUCUGCUGCAUCUCGUCGGAGGAGACGCAGACGUAGGCGGAGGAGGUCACUGAGCUCAGAAGAGUAUUUUGCAGAGGAGACCCAAUUUGUCGUCGCCACUAUCUUGAGGGAGGUGCCGAAUAAUGCCCCAAAUGUGACAGCCAUCAUGAAUAUCAACCUACAGGAGGAUGCUGGAACACUCUCGUACCAGCUUAGUGCCGUGGACCCUGAUGGCGACAGCCUGCUGUGGUCCCUUGACUCAACCCAAGCGUGGACCUCCACCGGUACCGCGACAUUAUCCAGCACCGGUUUCUUUACGUACCGUCCCUGUCUCGACUGUUACGGCAUGGAUAUGGUCGCCAUCGAGGUGUACGAGGACAGAACGGAUGAUGUCACCGCGCUGUACACGUAUGCCAAUCUCACGAUCCUGGUCACGUCGACAAAAGACAAUCCGCAGAUGUUUGUGGCACAUUUUGGACAUGAUUUGUUCCCGACGUCUGCAAGUUAUAAGACGAUAACUAUCAACGUAGAACAGAAUACGCCUGAGAAUGUUGCCUACACGCCCUGGAUUGGAAAGGUUGGUGCAUACGACGCGGACUCAAACGACACGCUGAGCAUCAGCAUCUUAUCUCCCUCGCACGGCUCCGUCCUCCUCACGGCCGGAUCAACCAACACGCCCAAUCUGCCAAGCGCUUGUGAUGGGAAUGAAAUUGCCGAAGCCUUACCAUGUGACGUCACUCUCGAUCACGCUACAUCGGCCUACUCUUGGAAACUCACCACAUUGGUUUAUACUCCGGACAGUCAAUUCUACGGCCUGGAUGGGUUUAGCAUUAUCAUUGAGGAUUCGGGUGGGAAAUACUCCGAUGUUUUUAAGGUGACUGUAGCAGUGCUGGAGAAUCCGUGUACAUCCAACAGUACAUGUGUGGGCCAAACAGACGACGUCGACUGCACGGCCACCAAGCGUGCAACCAUUGGUUUCCUGAACGAAUACAGCUGCAACUGCCUCCCAGGUUGGACCGGCGAUACAUGCGACACGGAUUACGAUGAGUGCAACAGCGCACCCUGCAUCUACCCCUACGCAUGCUUCGACAAAUUCAAUGGUUAUGAAUGCGGCUGUCCGACUGAUUGGUUGAUUUGCGAUACAGGAUUGACGCCAAUGACUGUUGGGAUAAUCGCCAUCGCGUUUGUCUUGGUCGCCACCUUGAUAGCUUUUAUUGUGUGGCACAAGAGAAGCAAGCUUGGUGGUGUUCUCGGUGACCUGAUGCCAAUCGGGAACCCCAACAAGGCCUACUACAACAUCAACACCAGACAGAAGAGGAGUGGUGUGAUGGCCAAGAAGGGACAAGGAUUCGACUCGGAUCCUGUCUGGACAACCAAGGAGUCCAAGGCAGAGAAAGCCACGGACGACGCCUCCCCUCCGAGCACCGCUGAAGGUAUACGCCGUCCCGAGAGUGUGGACUUUGACGUCAAGACCCCUGAACCUCCACCGGCCAGCCGAGUCAGGACGACAGAGAUUGAUACAGACGAGAUUGAAACAGAAGAGGCCCCAACUCCUGUCUACUUCAAGAGGAAGACAGUGGCUGCAAAGAACAGGGACAAGGCGCAGGGCAAGAAACUCUCAAAUAUCUGGAAGGAGAUGCAGACAGGUCGUGACGCCGACUGGUCGACCCCGACCCCCCAGGCUCAAGGCCAACCAAAGAGGACAACCCGCAUCCAGAGCAUCUCCAUCCCGAGACUGAAGAAGGGGAAUGCUGGGCCAACGACGGAAAAAGCAACGACGAGCAAGAGUUCUGGCCGCACAUCGACAAAAAGGACAGACUCUGUGCCGGGAUCUUUUGGCGACUUUUAAAUAUGAGACAGUGUCUGGAGUGAAUUGUGUGAACUGAUAAUGAAUUUUCCUUGUGUUUUGCUGUCAGAAGAAAAACAUAAAUACUUUUUCAUCAAGUUCUCAAUCCAAUUCUUAAUAGAAAAUAUGUCGAAAAAUGCACUUUUUCCGUUCAAAACUGACUUCAAGUUUGUGAUGUACAUUCCUGUGAUAUUUUAUGCAUACAUGUUUGGCGGUCUUCCCAGUUUAUGUACUCAAAUGUAAAUAAAAGCAGUCUUU